AUGUCUCGUCGUCGAACAUCUCACAGCGAGCCCAUGAAUGAGGCCCCGGCCUAUCCUUUCACGCCCUUCUCGCCCCCGCGAGGGCCCAUCGAAGGUCCCAAUGGCCGCCGCCUGAUCCGCCGCGUCACCUGGCGCUCGUCGACCUACAAGUUGAUGGCCUCGUUAUGGGUGCUCGGGGUCCUCUACAUCCUCUGGUUGAUUCGUGACCUUUUCUACCUCCCUUUCACCCCCUCCGAGCUAAGCCCGACCGCCGAGGAGUGA